AUGUUAUCCCCUCGGACCAAAAGACAACUGCGCAAGCAGAUAUUCCCGCCUCGGCCGCCAACACGGACACGCAGCAAGAAUGCUGCGGCCAGGCGCGAGAGCACCAAGAACAACAACAACAACAGUAGCGACGGCAGCAAAACCAACAAAACCUCUGCGCUACCAAAAGCCCCACAACAACAGCCCGACACAGCAGCAGCAGCACCCGCCGUUGACAUUGAUAUCAGGCACAUCCCACACCUCGUUUCCAGCGCCUGGGCGGACCCGGACCCGACGCCGUUGCUGUCUCACUUUGCGCCGGACCCCGUCUACGUGGACCACGGCGCGCAGCUGAGGAUCCUGUCGUCCGGCUCGCCGCUGCGCCGCCACCAUCAGGACCGGUGGGGGAGCAACAAGGGCCGUCGCCGUGAUGACGACGACGACGACGACGACAACAACAACAGCAAUAACAACAACGCCAGCGGUGGCGGCGACAGCUACGACGGUGUGCUCGUGGCGUGCGAGGUCGACCCGGACCACGACGUCUGGUGGCGCGACGUCGACCUGGCCGCCGGCUACGGGAGAUGCAGGUACCGAACGCUAAACAGGGGUCGGAGGAUCGGCGGCGACCGUGACGGCGAGGUCGAGGGCCGCGAUGGUGGUGGUGAGCAGCAGAGGCGAGACAGCUGGCAGUUUUCCGGCGUCGUGGAUCUGGUAAUCGAGCACGGCAAGAUCGCCAGAUUCGAGGAAUGGCGUCGCCUCCCUGUUGAGGAUGGUGCUCGGGGAGGAGGGCUGGCGCCAAGCGAGUACAAAGUGCUCACUUGA